AUGAAAAUGUCGACAUCACAGCUUGACCAACCAGCUCCACAACAAUCCCCGGCUUCACACGCGAGGCAUCAAAGGCCCGUUACCAAUACCACCGUACAGAGCUUUGGCCUACACCACUACUCUCUUGACGGGCCAGGUGAAAUUCCAGGAGACCGCCAAUCAUCCUCGGCACCCCUGGGUAGGAGAGACAACCGCACCAGACAUGACACACAUUCUCACCAGUCCACUCGACAGCGCAGUCCCGAGAACGAAUCAUCCCAACACCCGUCACCUCCACCCCAAAUACCUCCAGCUCCAGCAAUAAGGUCACUACGACAAACAAUCCCAGGAUGGCAACUCUCAGACCCCAUUGCCAUACCACCAAGACGAUCUAGUGGCGGAAGCUCUUCUCAGCGUCCAUCGGUCCCGUUCUUCUCUGCUAGCUCCUGGGACGACUAUGUCUCAGACGAUACUAUCGCCAACUAUCGCGCCAUCGGGGCACAAUACCAAGCAUGGAUAGCAGGCCCAACGACAACCUCAUGUCCAAUCGAACGAUCAAGAGUGACCUGGACGGACUUGGUCCACAACCCAGUGGAAGAACACAACUUCGAGGUGUAUCUCAACGAUUUCCGACCAACACCCGAGGAAGUGGGCAACAUUGCCUCAACCGGACUAUCGACGGGAAGGAGUUGGCGGUAUGUUUAUCUGAGGCAAUGGGGACGAUGGGAUGGUGGUCGUCAAGAGGGCUACACUAUUUACCAGCACCGUACUGGACUCGGCGCGAUCUUCGUUGAGAACAUCACCAGAAGAUUCGGACCAUACUGGGCUCAAGUGGCUCAGGCGCAGUACCAGCUCGAUAACCACAUCGAUACCCUCCGGUAUGUUUAUUUCAUCAACGUUCAGAACCUGUACACCUGGCCCUAUGUGGAAAGCCGUCUUUACGCUCGUCAUGGCUUGCACUGGUUUGACGACCAUGAGCCCCAGUGCUGGACAUACGGUACCCGGGCGUAUCAGGAGCUUCUGGGUACGAAGCUGGGGAGGGGAGUGGCUCGCUUGGUUCUGGGGGCUUGGCCGAGAGGUACGCAUCGUAUCGAGACCAUUUAUACGUGGACCUUCGUCGGAAACCUGCAGAUGAGAUUUGAUAUUAAGCGAAUUUGA